ACUACAUAAAUUUAAAUGUGAGCUGGAGGCCGAUCAUAAUGGAAUUACUGAAGUACUUGAAAAACGUUCUUUGGAACUUGAUGUACCACAGCAGUUGCCAUCAAAUCCACAAAAAGAAAACAGGCCUCGUGCUGAAAAAAGACGUGAUAGCACUUCGUCAGUUAGAGCUGAUUGUAUGCCUUUAGAGAAAAGACAUUCUAGUCAUGCUACAUCUUCGCCAGCAUCAUCGCAAAGUAAUAUAGCUGCCAUUCAGAACUCUACUCCUGGUUCAAGUUCCACUGGAUAUACUCUUCAACAUAUUGGUGCAGGCAACGCAAUUGCAGCUGCUGCUAGCCAAGCUAUUACAGCAACUCAGCAGAUGCAACAGGGCAGAAGAACAGCCUCUUUAAAAGCAUCUUAUGAAGCUGCAAUUCAUUUAGGCACUUCUGGAGGGGCUACUAGUGGACAUGAACUGCUAAUUGGAAGAGAUUUGGCGGGUGCUGCUCAAACAGCAUUACAAGCUGUUGAGAGAGAAGGGACCACAGGCCACCGCAGACAAAAAAAGAAGUACAACAAUAAUUCUUCUAUUUCCCAUUCAAUAAUUGGUGGAACAUCCCAUUCAAACAGUUCGAUGGGAUCUGCUGGUUCUUCAUCUGGUAUUGCACCCAUAAAUAAUACACAUACACAUGCUGUUGAAUCUGUUGAUAAUGGUACAGAGGUUGAUGAUGCAGCUGCUUUAGACGCAAAUCAAGAAGAGUGGACAUAUGACCCUAAUGAGCCUAAAUAUUGCCUCUGUAAUCAAGUAUCCUAUGGAGAUAUGGUCGCUUGUGAUAAUGAAGAUUGCCCAUUUGAAUGGUUCCAUUAUCCAUGUGUUGGAAUUGAAGCACCUCCUAAAGGUAAAUGGUAUUGUCCACAAUGUAUAUCGUCAAUGCGGAGAAGAGGUUCAAGGAAAGCUUGAACUGGUGUGUACAUACUUGUAUAUAAAAAUCUAUUUUUUGUGUAACUUUUAUUUUUCGAAUAUGAACUUUUUUAUCUACAUAUUUUCUUUACACAAUAUAUUCAUAAUUGUAUUAUUUGACUUUUAAUAAGGUAUUGUGUAACAUUUUAUAGGAUGUAGGAAUUGCAAAUUAUUUAGUU